AUGCCGCCCACGGAACCGGAUCGGGGCGCACCCACUCCCGAGAGCACCGAGCUACGUGAUGCGCUGCGUGAGAUGAGGAGUCGGGCUGUGGAGCGGGGUCCCGAAGCCAGCGAAGCUCGGUUGAUCUCCCUCUUCGGCGAACGCUGGGCCUUUGAGAACUUGCCUCAGCCCUCCCGGACCAAUGCCACUCCCCCGGCUGGUGAAGAGCAAUCCAGCUGGCAGGAACCUGAAAGGCCUCAGGUCGACGGCAUUGCUAUCUAUCCUUACCCUUCCAGUCGACGAUUUCGUCGCGCGCAACUCGAUCGCAUGUCGAUGCCUGCUCCGCCAGUUGCGGCCCGUUUCGACCGCAGCCCCGAGCACUCGGUUUCCGCCAGGUUCUCUGGACGGAGACCGCGCGUAGAUUCGCGAGUAGGACCCCCGACCUUGCAUCAGCGCAUCCGUCGGAUACGUCCCACUGGACAACCGAACGAAUCGUCCUUGACCGAUGGACUCGGCGACCGUGACCGAAGCCUCAGCCCCGACGAAGAUGGCGUGUGGGACACGCUACUGACUACGCUGACGCCGGACCCGCAGCCCCCAAGUGCUGGAUCGUCCUUUGCCUCGGCAUCAGCGUCGGCAUCGGCCUCUGCAUCGCAGUCGCAGAGUGCUGCUGCAUCAUCGCGCACCUCCCUCACCGGACCUGAAACGACGGAAGAGGCUCUCGAGCAGCCCUGUGAAUCUGGUCUCGAUAAUUCUGACGACGAAGGCCAGGAAGACUUGCACAUCAGCCGGGGCUGGCCAGAGCACUGGACGAUGAACUAUCCCUCGAGACACCGGCGUUUCGUCGCCGAUCUGGACGCGAACGACCCGAGCAGGCUGUCAUACAUGCGAGACGAUUUGUCAUACAGACGUGCAGACAUAACUCCCGCUGCCCGUAACGCCCAAGACGACGAGGAAAUGCGAACUCGUCGACGACUUGAGCUUCUUCGACAUUACCGGAUCGCUACUCGCGAUCCCACCCCGCUCCCGGAGCUGUUGGAUCACAUCGUGCGGGACUCCAGCGAAGAGGUAGGAGGCAAUAGCGGCCAGGGGGAUGGCAAUGGUGACGAUGAGGAGACUCCGUCGAGCCACAACCAUACGUCUAAUGACAACGCUCUGCAUGGAAUGCAGAUGAUUGUUCGAAACCUCGCACGACGGGAAGACAUUCCCGAUGAGUGGUGGGCAGGUGCCGGACUUAGCCGGACUCUGCCAGAGGAAUCAUGA